AUGCAGAGCCACUUCUCAGUCUCCACAUAUCUAGAGGCAACUUCAGUACAUAAGGUCACACUUCUAAACCCUUUUGUUCCCGGAUCCGGAAUCAUCGAAAAGUUCAGUGCUAGCGGUCAUCAGUUUUCAGUCGAGGCUCUACAGAACAAUCGACAAGUCCUCUUGUCUCCAUAUUCGCCUAGCUUUCAACAGGAAUCAUCUUUUGCGGUCAAUGACCGUAUUAUGGAUAACACAAGUCACCGUCUAAUUCGUUCGAAGAAAGCUAAGCCAACUAUAAACGCCGAAAGUGCAAUGAAAGAUCUCAAUCAACUCACGGAAAUUGGAAAUAACUACCGUAUCCAGGGUUUUUGGGGAUACGCCGCAGCUUUUUUCCAGUAUGUUGACUACAAAAUUGCAGUGUUGAUGAGCCGGGCAAGCCCAACUAUCGCCAGGCUUCACAUCAAGGAAGGACGAAUGCUUGAGGGUCAACUGCUCAAGUUGCAUUCCGAUAUAUGUUAUUAUCGUGCGAAGAACGCUGUCAGCGCCAUGCGAGAUUUUGAACACAAUCACCGCGAAGAACUUGAAGAUCUAUUCGACACCGUUACAAGUAUGGGAGCCAUAUCUGAAAAUGCCCGGUUUCAAGGAUUUACAGAGAGCCCGAUGCGAAGUGCAGACCAUCUGUAUAUGCAAGCUGUUGCGUGGAGGCUCUUGGAUGACAAGUCUAGUUUGAAUAUGGAUAUGGCAUUGGAGAAGAUCAUUGAAGGCCUCGCCGUAUAUCCUGAUCACGAGGAGUUGAAGAUGGAAAAAAAGUCUCUUAUUCGGAAGAUAUUGACAGCCCGUCUUGAUUUCUGCAUGGUGCUGGCUUUCGACAAGGCUUGA